GCGGCUAAGUGUAUGUACCAGCUAGUGAACGAGGCACCAUUUAUGUCUACAACAGAGAUGGAGACAGUGGUGUCACUAUGUUACCGAGCCCUAGAUGGUUCUAACUACGAUGCGAGAUACGCUGUGGCAGAACUGCUUGGAAAUCUCUGUGCAACCACACUCAAUCCUAAACCAAAUACUACUGCUGCACGCAGUAAGCCUGUGAAGUUGGAAGAUGUACUGGGUCUGUUAUCGGCGGGGUUCCUGCGUGGAGGAUUUGGCUUCCUGAAGAGUAGUAGCUCCAGUAGUAGUGCUGGAGUUAACAGGGAGAUCAGGGUCGGAGUUACUCAUGCUUAUGUCGAGUUUAUCAAAUGUAUGGGAGGACUGUGGCUGGAGAGAAAUAUUUCUACCUUCCUGAACCAUGUAUUGGAACUUGUUGCCAACCCUCGUGCCACACCAACCCAUGUGGAUGCUGUGUAUGCAAGGAAGUGUGUGUCAUUUAUCAUCCGCUCUGUGAUCGGUGGACUGCUCGGAGAAAAAGCACAGAUAGCCGCUGCUAAGGAGAUCUGUCAGAUUAUCAUCAAACAGAUGAAUGUUGUUGGUGAAGCGGGUGCUGAUGCUGCUGACAGUAAGGGUACUACUGCUGAUAUAACAGGAAGUCAGCAUGUCCUGGUAUGUGCUCUACAUGAAUUAGGAUGUCUAGUUCUCAGCUUAGGCACCUCAGCCAGUCCUCUAGUGGCUGAACCUGCAACAGGCAUUAUUGAACCUGUGGUGUCAGUAUUGAUACAUCCGAGUGCUUCGGCACGUCUGUCAGCAUCUUGGUGUCUGGGUAGUAUCUCAGUAGCUCUGCCGUCUCAACUCACACCCCUUGUUGAUAGAUGUAUAGAGAGGAUGAACAAGUUAAAAUCCUCCCCGGAGGCAGUGUCUGGAUAUAGCAGUGCUCUCACAUCCCUGCUUGGUAGAGUGUACCAGUGUCCUCUAGGUAUUCCACAUGCCAAGGGAAAGCAAAUCUUCAACAUAGCAGAGGAAUUACUUCGUACAGCAUCACAAAACAGUAGACUGUCUCUACAGCGGACACAGUCCGGUUGGUUGUUGCUAGGUGCUUUGAUGACUUUAGGUUCACCAGUAAUAAAGGGACACCUGCCUAGAAUGUUGUUGCUAUGGAGAAAUGCAUUCCCCAGGUCUGUAAAGGAGCUGGAGUCGGAGAAAGCAAGAGGAGAUUCCUUCACCUGGCAGGUCACGUUAGAGGGACGGGCUGGAGCACUGGGAGCGAUGUUGAGCUUCCUGCAGCACUGUAGAGAACUGAUAACAGAAGAUGUGAUACGUAGAUUACUAGCACCAUUAGAAUGUACCCUGACAAUGUUGGCACACAUGCCUGGAGUGAUAAAGAUGUAUGGAACACAUCUAAAGGCCAGUGCUGCCAUGGUCAGACUCCGCUUAUAUGAUGUUCUAUCAAUGCUACCACCACAGUCAUAUGAAGGUACAUACACGAGCUUGCUACGAGAACUUGUGGCAGAAUUCACUCUCACUGACAAUCCUGCAAACACAACUACAUCACUGCUGCGAUCCCUGUGCCACGUUGAUGACAGUGUUAUACUUGGAUCUUGGUUACAGGAAACUGACCAUAAAGCUGUUGAAGAUCAGUAUGAACCAAAUCGUAGAGUCAACCACGACAUACUUCAGCCAAAUAGUGCAUCAGGAUCUGGAGCAUUGGAGCAUGAUGCCCACUCUCUCUUCUACAGAUGUCCUUCUAGUGAUCCUAUCCCUGGACCGUUACCACUCGGUGUUGCCGUAAUUGACAGUUCUGUACGUCUUUAUGGAUUGAUAUUUCCGAGAGUUGCCCACAAACAUCGUUACCAGAUGUUACAACAUUUUAAUGAAUGUAUCAAGCAGGCCAAGUCUACGAGACAGCAGGCAGUUCAGAUGAAUAUAUUUACAGCUGUUCUUUGUGCACUCAAGAGUCUAUCAGACACCAAGACAAAGCUAGGUCCUGAUGAAGUUAAAAAAGCUGCAUUUAAUCUUAUAUUGGGAGCUUUAAGUAGUACAAAUCCUAUAUUGAGAUGUGCCGCUGGAGAAGCUCUGGGCAGAAUGGCUCAGGUGGUUGGAGAUAGCAAGUUUAUAGCAGAAAUGGCACAGUACAGCUUUGAUAAAUUGAAGUCUGCCCGGGAUGUGGUUAGUCGUACUGGAAACUCUCUAGCCCUUGGUUGUUUACAUAGAUAUGUAGGAGGUAUGGGGUCAGGUCAGCAUCUCAACACAAGUGUAUCAAUACUUCUAGCACUGGCGCAGGACUUCAACUCACCUGUUGUACAGGUUUGGGCAUUGCAUGCUUUGGCCCUAAUAGCAGACAGUGGUGGUCCAAUGUUCCGGGGUUAUGUAGAGCCGACAUUGUCCCUUGUCCUACAGUUACUGUUGUCAGUACCCCCCACUACAGUUGAUGUACACCAAUGUCUGGGCAAAUGUUUGUCUGCUCUCAUUACAUCUAUAGGACCUGAGUUACAAGGAAAUUCUGGAUCCAUAGCAACAGCUCGAUUGUCUUGCCUGGUAUGUUGUGCCAUUAUGCAGGAUCACUCUGACUCCCUUGUGCAGGCUGAGGCUGUUGCCUGUUUGCAACAGCUACAUAUGUUUGCACCCAGGCAUGUCAACCUGGGGACUCUUGUACCACAUCUUUGUGAAAAGUUGGUUAGCUCUCAUUUAUUGUUGAGACGAGCAGUGGUAGCAUGUUUACGGCAGCUGGUCACACGUGAGGCAAAAGAAGUGAGUGUGCAUGCACUUGCCCUUGCAUCAGACGAGGCAGAAAAGAUUGAAAAGUUUGGUAUAACAGAGACUGGAAUGGAGGGGAAGUUGUUUGGAAUGUGUGAUACAGAGGUAGAUGGCAAACUAAUAUCAGAUCUUCAGGAUACACUUGAAAGUUUGUUACAGACUCUAGCCACAAAGGACCUGACUAGAUGGUUGAAUCUACUGCGGGAAAUACUCUCUUCAUCUACAGAUGCAACAAGUGGUCAGCAAGAUGAAACUCAAGGAAACGUAGGUGAUGACGAGGAUGAUGAUGAAGACAACGAAAAUGAUGCUGAAGAGUUCACUGCUCCUGAAGUUGAUGUUACACAUCCAACUGUUGCACCUAGGUGGCCAACCAGAGUGUUUGCUACAGAUUGUCUGAGAAAGAUUGUUGUAGCCUGUGAGGAAGACUUGACACAUUUUGAUCUUGAAUCAGCGAGAGAGGCAAAGAAAGAUGGGAAAGGUGAUUUCCUUGUGUUACAUCUGUCAGAGUUGGUCCGAAUGUCAUUUAUCGCCGCAACAUCAGACAGUAAUCAGCUACGUCUAGCAGGUCUGGCCGCACUACAGGACAUCAUCACCAAAUUCUGUAAUGCUCCCGAGCCAGAAUUCCCUGGUCAUGUGAUUCUAGAACAGUAUCAGGCACAGGUGAGUGCUGCACUACGUCCUGCAUUCUCACCAGAAACACCAUCUGACGUAACUGCUGCCGCAUGUGAUGUAUGCAGUACAUGGAUAGGGAGCGGGGUAGCGAGAGAUCUGAAUGAUUUGAGACGUGUUCAUCAACUGCUGGUAUCAUCAUUGGGUAAACUUAAUGCUGGCAAGUCCCAGUGUGCAUUGUACAACGAAUCUGCAUCAACCAUGGAAAAAUUAGCUGUACUCAGAGCAUGGGCAGAGGUGUAUAUAGUAGCUGUAAGUCGUGAGCAUGGGAAUCCAGACACCUUACUUAAAUCUACUGAUGAAGAUGACUUUGACAACAAAGGGGAAAGUUUACUAACACUGGUGCAGUCAGAGUUACCUACCUUGAGUCAGAACUGGUUUCUUGCACUCAAAGAUCAUGCCUUGUUAUCUCUUCCAACAGAGUUUUCUGGUCAGUUGCCAUCAGAGGGUGGAGCAUUUUACCAUGUGGACACCAUUGACUCAGCACGACCCCACUAUAGGAAGUCAUGGCCCUCAAUUCUACAUGCCCUAGCUAUAUGGCUGAAAGAAGCUGGCUUUGCAAAACUGAACAAAGAUAUGGGACAUCCUGGAGGGGAAUCACAACCAACAAAUGCUCCUGCAAAUCUUUACUCGGAGGAAGCAAAUGCUGAAAGGCUGUAUCUCAUCAUUGGUAUAUGUGUGGAAGCUAUGUGUAAUACGACUAUUCAGUUACCACAACAAACUGCUGAGACUUGUCUACAUGCAAUACACGCCCUGCUGGAGUCCCCCUGGGCUCGAGCUCAGGUGGCAAAAGAUCCUGUACUGUACAAGGAACUGCUUAACGUCAUGCAUAGAGUGUUUUUAACUCAUCCUGGUGUGAAGGUACAUCUAGCUGUGAUGGAUGUUGUCAGAUGUGUCGUCAAAGCAGCACAAGAACAUCUAGAGUUCCUUAAACAAACUGAAGAAUCAAAAUCUGACAAUGAAUCAAAGGAAAGAAAAAUACUGCUGCCACCUGGUGGUGAGGGUGGUGAAACAGGGGAAAUAAUUCCUGGUCAGUCUAUAGUAUUUGCUACCCUAGAAGUGUGUUUAGGAGUACUGUCACGUUGGGUACCAGCUCUGAACCCCGCAGCACAGAACACUGGUUUCCAGGUACCAAAGAAACCCUCCCAUAUGACAGAAGAUAUGUCACAACUAAUCUCAAAUGUUGUACAGGUGCUAGCUGAGCUGCCAAACCUAUGUUCUAUCCCAGGGAGUUUAGCUGUUCUUCCAACUGUAUUUCACCUCAUACUAGCAUUGCUGAGAGAGAUGUCGCCUAAAUCUAUGGACAAACAGAACAGUGCUGUAGUCACUGUGUGUAUUAACUGUAUGCGGACAUUGCUUAGCUCAAAAGGUUAUGAGAGUGAUAAGAAAUUACCUGACUGGCAUAAACUCAUACAGAGUUCUUUAGCUACUGUGAUAAAAAAUUCUAUAUCUGAUGCAGACUAUCCUGGUAUGGAUGAGACAACAUAUCUCUACACCAUAACUGUGUUCAUUAUUUGUGCAUCUCGUGUAAUCAACAGAAAUCUUGUGUUAGUGAAACCCUGCAUAAAGGCAUAUCUAGACUGCUGGCAGUCAGAUCAUACACAUGUUAGAUUAAAAUGUUGUCAGCUGUUUACAACACUGAUCUCUCAGAUCAGUUCUGAAGAUGCCAUGCCUUACAUACAUAUAAUGGCACCCAAGAUCAUCGACUACUUAUACACAUGCAGCACAAGCCCACCGAGUACUGACCUUGAGAAAGAUCUACUCCUUGCUUCGAUCAACACAUUUCAAAUGUUAAUUGGAAUUGCUGAAGAAAGUAAAAGAAUAACAUUACUCACAGUGUUCCUUCCCAUUCUUGUAUCAUACCUUCUUGAUGAGAAAUCUCUACCAACGGCCAGUAAAAUUGCCCGUAAAAUUCAUGAUGAAAGCCUGUCACAUCUGAUGAAGAUAGGUCCACAGUAUCCAGCCCAGUUCCGAGUGAUUAUGACAAACCAGACUGAACUGAAAUCAAGGCUUGAGACAGCGAUCAAAGUUAACCAAGAAGCUAAGAGUGCUAUGAUCAAAGCUCAGGAGAAAGCAAAAAUUGCUGCUCAACCAACUAAACCAACAAUCACUCUGAAAACAAAUUUUGGAAGUUUUGCUUAGGACAACACUUUGCUGUAUGAAAGAAUUCUCGAGUUAAACUCUCCUGAUCAGCUUGUUCCAAGGUUAUAUAACAGAACGCAGCCGUGCUGUAUUUUACAGAAGUAACCAAUCAGAUUCUAGAACUGUGAGACCUUAGAGUCGUGAAUAUGUAAAAUAUAUAGCAUGAUAUCACACUUUUUUCACUGCUCGAGUUUAAGACAUACAUUGACCUACUCGUGAUAUUGUUAUGGCCUAUAUUGCUGAGUUAGUGAGAAAAAUUGAAUCAGAUUUUUAAAACCAUCUAUAAAAUUGUUAAACCUUAGCUUGUUUGUAGUAUAAAAUAUAUUUCUUUCAUCAUUAGCAAUAAUUUUAGGCCCAAUAAUGUGUCUGUAAAACCAGUGUUGCAUGGAUAUUACUUUUAUUUUCAGUGUAAAACUACUUGUAUAGCUAGCAACUGCUUAUUGACAUACAUGUUAAUGAGAAUACACACAUGGUGUAUCACCAUCAUAUAAAGUUAUUUAUUAUAUCUGUUAUGUAAUGGUGCUACUGUAUUAUGUUACCUAUACAAUCAUAUGUACAGUUCUCACACUGUUCCAUUUUGAAUAAAUCACAAAAUCAACUACAACAUAAAAAACAACAUUGUAAAAUAAGUUUCAUCGUUUACUGUUACCAGGGGAACAGUUUAAACUGGAGGUGUGAUAACUACAUUAUAGAAAAGUUCCAGUGAGGUAGAAAAUUUGAGAGACUGAGGUAGCAUGUGACUUUCUGAUCAGAGACCAGAUGUUGACAGGGAGAAUGGAGUAGAAGAACUGUCAUUCCUUGAUUGGGGACAAUAAUUGCAGUGGAAAUGUAAUAUUUGUGCAAUAUAGAAAUUCAACAUGAAAGGAGUAACUUUACAUUUCUUAAACUAGAUAGUUUAGGAACUGUAAUCAUUCAUCUAUUUUCAAAUUGUCUUUUUAAAGAUAUUCCAGUGAAACUGGAUGUAACUGGAUAAGAUAUGGAGGUACUAGACUACCUGCAGAUAUAUCCAUUGCUGUGGAUGAUGACAGAAAACACAACCUCAGUAACUACAUAGGCAGAGACUGUUUUCUAUCGGUUUUCCCAGCAGUGUGCCAUCAAAACAAUGUUCCAGAAUUGUCUGAUCAAAUAAGAAAUUGUAGCAUAAAGUAUGUUGCAUGUUUCUGAAUCACUGCUGUCCUGCCAUAUAUAGAAAAUUCAUGCCAUUAUUUUACUGUAACAUGUUUGAGAAUUUGUACUGUCUCAGAUAGUACCAGUGAUUUUGUUAGACAUAAAAUAAGCCAGGAUGAUUGAAAGUGCAGUUUUAGAUUUUACUAGAUUUUUCAUACUAGUAUACAUCGGAUGAUAGAAUAACUCAGAUCAUUGCCAAUGCUAGUGUAUUGUAUGAUUCAAGCAUGUUCUUAAUUGUAAUAUUUCAGUUUUAAACUUUUGAAGAAAAUACAACAAAACUGUAGCAGGAAGUCAUCAGACAUUUCUCAAAUAAUAUUACAAAAUUAACUUAAUGAAAUAUAACUUUUUUAUUCCAUAAAAAAUGCUUUUUGCAAUUAUUAUAACAUGUAUGAAUAUAGAAAAAAGUUCUAUGUUCACAAAAGCUUUUAAAUUAAUGGGUUGAAAAUCCUGAAACAGACCUUAUCACAUGGGGACAAGAAGGAAAUGAAGAAGGCAAAGUUAAAACAAGUCUAAUUUUAGCAGUAUUAUAUUUUGAUUUGGACUGUUCAGAAGUUAUUGGCUUAAUAAUGUUAAGUUUGGUGUGUUGUGUUUGAAUCUUUUGUAGAUGAACUGAACAGUACUGAAAGGAAUUUCUAAUAUUUGUUAUUUUUCUGUCAAUGAAAUGAACACAUAUCAUGUGUUGAAGCUGAUUGUUGAUGGCAUUUAUUAAACAGGUUGAUGUAUUGUUUGAAUAUAUACGAGAGGUUGUAUUUUAAUGAAAUGUAAUUUUAUUCAAUAAUUGAAAGAGAUUUUAAACUGUACAUAAUUUUUAUUAUGCCAAAGGCUUUUUACAAAAUAAUAAUAUAUAUAUGAUAAAAUGUGAAAACUUUACAUGUCUUUGACAGUUUUUUUUACUGAAAUAGUGUUGAAUACAUUAUAAACAUUGAAAUACUGUGGAUAUUUAGAAUAUAUCUAUUGUAAUUCCUCUAUUAAGUAGGAAUAUCAUGUAAUGAAAUUUAUCUAUAAUCCUAAACACAAUUCAUCACUGAGUAACUGUUCCUUGCUUAUUGCAAUAUUUCAUCUAGUUAGACCUGCAGUGUGCCCAUUUUCAUGUUGGAAGAAACAGUGAAACUUCCCUUAAGAUUUACCUGCCAUUUCUGGAGCACAAGGAUUUGCAGUUUGAAAUAAUCCAAAAAGUAGCUAGCUUUAAAUAACAUGUUCUCUUGUAAAAUUCAUUACAGAAGAAGUUAUGCAGAUUACAUAAAAGUUACUUUUUUAUCAAAUAUUUUAGUGUCAUUACAGCUAUCACCAUCAAUGGUCAUCAGACUUGAAACUGGUGAAAAAUGUUAAUGGAACUGUGAACCAUUACGCAUGACAUUCCUGCUUAUUAGAUUCUGUGAAUGUGUAAUAGGAAAUAACUACAGUAACUAUGAUUAAUUCUGAAAGUACAAAUACAGAUGUAGUACCAGUACAUGAGUAAUCUUGCAGAGAAGUGUUUGGAUGAUGAUACUGUUUAAUGCUUUUUGUUAGUUGUUUCAUACAUAUGUAUAUAUUAUAUGUUUGUAAAGAUGCUCAUAGUUGGCUCUGUAACUUGUAAGGCUUCAUGUAUAUUUUUGCAUUCUUGUAAAAACUAUCUGUUUGUACAAACUGUAUAUCAAAUAAUGCAGUAUAUAACCAUUGAAGAAAACAAACUAUG